CAAAGCUAAUCUCUACUCCCUAGUCUUCAAUACAAUGCUUUCGUUGCGCCUCCGCUCCUCAGUUUGCAAGACCCUUCCUCCUCAAAAAUUAUUUCAAUUCUUUAGUCAUCAAAAGACCAGUGAUGACCAAACACACGGCUUUCCUCCACUUGCCGCAAAGAAAACGAACUCCGGUCUCAAAGAAGAGGAGAAAGGAGGAUUAGAGCAAGCUAUGCAGUUGCCGGAGGGAUUAAGCAGAGAGUCCAUGCCCCGGCAUGUUGCUGUAAUCAUGGACGGAAAUUCCAGGUGGGCUCGGCAACGAGGGUUGCUCACACCUUCAGGUCAUGAAGCUGGUGUGAGGUCAUUGAAAGAGUUUAUAAGGCUUUGCCUUCAAUGGGGUAUAAAAGUUGUCACCGUUUUUGCAUUUUCUAUAGAUAAUUGGACGAGGCCUAAGGAGGAGGUUGAUAUCGUCAUGACUAUGAUUGAGAAUCUGUUAAAGUCUGGUUUGGAUGAUUUUAUCAGGGAAGGUACUCGAGUCUCUAUAAUAGGUGAUACCUCAAGGGUCCCAAAGUCCUUGCAGAGAACGAUAUGUGGCAUAGAAGAGAUGACAAGAGAGAACUCAAAAUUCCAUUUCAUCAUGGCUAUCAGCUAUAGCGGGACAUUUGAUGUUGUACAAGCAUGCAAAAGUGUUGCUCAAAAGGUAAAGGAUGGUGUUAUUCAAGUGGAGGACAUCAAUGAAAGUGCAGUUCAACAGGAAUUAGAAACCAAGUGUUGCGAGUUUCCUUGUCCUGAUUUGUUAAUAAGAACAAGUGGUGAACUUAGAAUUAGCAAUUUUUUGCUGUGGCAGUCAGCCUAUAGUGAGCUUUUCUUUGCAAAAGCACUAUGGCCUGAUUUUGGAAGGGCUGAUUUCGUAGAGGCCUUAACUUCAUAUCAGCAUAGGCAGAGACGUUAUGGUGGUCGAUAUUCAUAAUUACACUAACCCUUUAAAAUUUCCAGUUCUAUACUUGUUAGGAAUAAGUUCUUCAUGAUUAGUUCAAGAACAAAGAUUUUGUA